CGAUUUAUGAGUAGUCAAUUUUUUAAAAAGCAAAUCAAUAAUGAAAUCCUUCCCAACAACACUGUAUAUAUAAUUCCUUCUUGCUGGUUGCAUGUCUAUUGGCCAAACAAAAAUGACCAAUUAUAAUAACAAGGACAGAAUAGAAACAGACAUCAUAGGUUGGUUCGAGGAAGUUGCCGAAGAGUCCGUCGAUGUACAACGGCAGACGCUUCGGCGGAUCCUCGAACUCAACCAUGGUGUGGAAUAUCUCAAGAAAUGGAUUGGAGAUAUUAGAAUUCAAGAAAUGGAUGACAAUGAAAUGGAGUCAAUUUAUGCCUCUUUAGUCCCUCUUGCUUCUCAUGUAGAUUUAGAGCCUUUUACUCAGAGAAUUGCUGAUGGAGAUACAACUCCUCUCCUCACUCAACAGCCUAUUACAAAUCUAUCCUUGAGUUCUGGAACCACUGAGGGAAGACAAAAAUUUGUGCCCUUUACUCAGCAUAGCUCCCAAACUACUCUUCAGAUUUUCAAGUUAGCAGCAGCAUAUAGAUCAAGAAUUUAUCCUAUAAGAGGAGGGGGAAGAAUUCUUGAAUUCAUAUACAGCAGCAAACAAUGCGAAACAAAAGGAGGUGUAAUAGUAGGAACAGCCACAACACACUAUUAUGCUAGUGAAGAAUUCAAGAUUAAGCAACAACAAACACAGUCCUUCACUUGCAGCACUAGAGAAGUCAUUUCAUGUGGAGAUUAUAAACAAUCCACAUAUUGUCACCUCCUUCUUGGCCUAUAUUUUUCUCAUGAAGUUGAAUUUGUUACUUCAACUUUUGCAUAUAGCAUUGUUCAAGCAUUCAGAUCAUUUGAAGAAAUGUGGAAGGAAUUGUGCCAUGACAUUAGGGAAGGUACUCUUAGCUCAAGAAUCAACAUAGCUAAAGUCCAAAAAGCCGUCUUAGGUACCACUCAGCCUAAUCCAGAAUUGGCUUCAAGAAUCCAAUCAGUUUGUGAGAAGCUAGAAAAGGAAGAUUGGUUUAGCAUAAUCCCAAAAUUAUGGCCAAAUGCUAAAUAUGUUUACUCAAUAAUGACAGGGUCAAUGCAGCCAUAUUUAACAAAAUUAAGGCACUAUUCUGGAGAAUUGCCUCUAGUGAGUGCUGAUUAUGGAUCCACUGAGAGUUGGAUUGGAGUUAAUGUGGAUCCUAAAACUCCACCAGAAAAAGUUACUUUUGCAGUUAUACCCACUUUUUCUUACUUUGAGUUUAUACCUCUUUAUAGACACAAGUCAAAUCAUAAUUACCAAAAUGGAAAUAUUAAUUCAACAAAUUAUGAUUUCAUAGAAGGUGAUCCUGUGCCAUUAUCUCAAGUCAAGACUGGUCAACAAUAUGAAGUCGUCCUAACUACUUUCACAGGUCUUUAUAGAUAUAGACUAGGUGAUGUGGUAGAAGUGGAAGGAUUUUUCAAGAAUACCCCAAAACUCAACUUCAUAUGCAGGAGAAACCUAAUAUUAACGGUGAAUAUCGAUAAAAACACUGAAAAAGAUCUCCAGUUAGUAGUAGAGAGAGGUUCGCAAAUACUAAGCAAGUCAAAACAAGCCGAGCUAGUAGACUUCACGAGCCACGCGAACGUGGCAACACAACCGGGGCACUACGUAAUUUAUUGGGAGAUCAAAGGGGAAAUUGACGAAAAGGUCCUCGAUGAGUGUUGCAGAGAUAUGGAUGCUUCAUUUGUGGAUCAUGGGUAUGUUGUGUCAAGAAGAACAAAAUCAAUUGGACCAUUAGAACUUUGCAUUGUGGAGAAAGGCACAUUUAAGAAAAUAUUGGAAUAUUACAUAGGAAAUGGGGCUGCAUUGAGUCAAUUCAAGACUCCUAGAUGCACUGGCAACAAAGUGUUAUUAAAAAUCCUAAAUGUUUGCACCAUUAAGAGGUUUUAUAGCACAGCUUAUGGAUGAUUAGUUAGAUACUUAAAAUGUGGUGAUUAAUACAAUUUGCAAUUCUUCUCUUCUU